AUGAGCCUUUACAACAAUCGAGAACGUGAUAGACACGAGUAUCGAGAACGUGAUACCCGCGAGUAUCGAGAUAGACGCGAGUAUCGAGAACGUGAUAGACGCGAGUAUCGAGAACGUGAUAGACGUGAGCAGUGGAGACGCGAGGAACGCGAGGAACGCGAGAGACGUGAACAGUGGGAACGCAAGAGACGCGAGAGACGCGAACAGUGGAGACGUGAGGAACGCAAGGAACGUGAGAGACGUGAGCAGUGGGAACGCGAGGAACGCAAGAGACGCGAGAGACGCGAGCAGUGGAGACGUGAGGAACGCGAGAGACGCGAGAGACGUGAGCAGUGGGAACGCGAGGAACGCGAGAGACGCAAGAGACGUGAGCAGUGGAGACGCGAGGAACGCGAGAGACGCGAGAAACGCGAUCAGUGGGAACUCGAGGAACGCGAGAGACGCGAGAGACGUGAGCAGUGGGAACGCGAGGAACGCGAGAGACGCGAGAGACGUGAGCAGUGGGAACGCGAGGAACGCGAGAGACGCGAGAAACGCGAGGACCGCAAGCAGCGAAAACGCGAGAAACGCGAGGACCGCAAGCAGCGAAAACGUGAGAAACGCGAGAAACGCAAGCAGCGAAAACGCGAGAAACAACAAGUUUUAAAUCCAAGUGGGGAAAUGCAAGAAAGGGUAGAACGUGAAUUGGAACCCUUAAACCACCAAUCUAGAUUUGAUCGUAUUCAUGCGAGUGAGACGCACGAAACUCAUCGGAUAAGCCUAACACGUUUUGUCGAUCCACGCGUAAUCUUACAAUUUAGGGAUCGUAUCGAGGAAAUAUUACACAAUCAUCGUUUCGGAGGAUCAGAUAUCGACUCGCUUUAG